CAAGUGCAAGGCUCUCUGUUGGUUUCAACUUUGAGUUUGAGUUGCCUUGAUUAACCACCACAAACUACAAUCAAAAUCUGAAAACAACACACUUUGGUCCCCAACAUGUUACAAAGACUAGUAGCCAAGUUCUAUCCACAAACUGAAAAGCCAGACUUAAACAACAUAAAGAAACGUGUGGAUUCUCGCUGCUCUAUUUGUCAAAAACUAAGAAAAAAUGGUCACUAAAUUUAGAGCCGCAGGUACAGUUUCCCAAAUCACUCGGAUCUCUCCCUCUGUCUCUAACUUCUUCACUUCCCUAUUCUCAAAGCCAACCCAAAACCCCUUCAAUCAUGUCUCUCACAGUUAAACUGCACAUCACCAACCAACUCAACCUCAAUCUUGGCCAAACCAGCAUCAUCAACAAGACCAAGUUUUACACACCAAGAAUUCGAACCAAACCCAUUUACCAUUCCAAUCCAUUGAUCUCCACCACCUCGUACAACAACAAACCCAUCACCACAAUGCAUGUUCCAUCUUAUUCAUCUUCGAUCAAGAGCUCUCUGAUUGACCCAGAUGGAGGGGCACUCGUGGGUCUUGUGGUGCCAGAGAGAGAGCGUGCAAAGAAGAAGUUAGAGGCUGAGGCAUUGCCUCCGGUGAGGCUUACCAAGAUUGAUGUUGAGUGGGUCCAUGUGAUUAGCGAAGGGUGGGCCAGCCCUUUGAGAGGGUUCAUGAGAGAGAGUGAGUAUUUGCAGAGUUUGCAUUUCAAUUGCUUGAGAACGGAAAGUGGUUCUUUGGUCAACAUGUCGCUUCCAAUGGUUUUGGCUAUUGAUGAUGACACCAAAACUGGAAUUGGGUCGUCUCCAAAUGUGGGGUUGGUUGGUCCUAAUGGAGAUUUGGUCGGUAUUCUUCGGAGUAUUGAAAUAUACAAACAUAACAAAGAAGAAAGAAUAGCUAGAACUUGGGGUACAACUACUCCAGGAUUGCCAUAUGUCGAGGAGGUUAUUACUCCAGCUGGAAAUUGGUUGGUUGGUGGAGAUUUGGAAGUGUUGAAUCCUAUCAAAUAUAAUGAUGGGCUUGAUCACUACAGGCUCUCACCUCAACAACUCCGGAAGGAAUUUGAUAGGCGUCAGGCUGAUGCAGUUUUUGCUUUCCAAUUAAGGAACCCUGUGCAUAAUGGGCAUGCUUUGUUAAUGAAUGACACACGCAAGCGACUUUUGGAAAUGGGAUACAAGAAUCCGAUUCUAUUACUGCAUCCUUUGGGAGGUUUCACAAAGGCAGAUGAUGUGCCCUUGGAUGUUCGGAUGGAGCAACAUAGCAAGGUCCUAGAAGACGGAAUUCUUGACCCUGAGACUACUAUUGUAGCCAUAUUUCCAUCACCUAUGCAUUAUGCUGGUCCAACUGAAGUGCAGUGGCAUGCCAAAGCAAGGAUAAAUGCAGGUGCCAAUUUUUACAUCGUUGGUCGUGACCCUGCAGGUAUGGGUCACCCGACUGAGAAGAGGGAUUUAUAUGACCCUGAUCAUGGGAAAAAAGUCUUAAGCAUGGCUCCUGGCCUGGAGAAGCUAAAUAUUUUGCCAUUCAGGGUGGCAGCCUAUGACACCGUGGAAAAGAAGAUGGCAUUUUUUGAACCUUCACGUGCUAAAGAUUUCCUCUUCAUCUCCGGAACUAAGAUGCGAACUUAUGCAAGGACCGGUGAGAACCCCCCUGAUGGUUUUAUGUGCCCUGCGGGAUGGAAUGUCCUCGUCAAAUAUUAUGAGAGCUUGCAAGCUGAAGAGGCGUUGCAGCAGCAAGCCGUGUUGACUAGUUAAGAUCUAUACCAGAGUUUUGGGCAAGUUAAUUUCUUUUCCUUUUGUUCUUUCUUUAUCUUUUGGGGAUAAACGGCAAGUUGCGGGAGGAUGUAAUAGUAGAGACUAUGGAGCACUAUUUCGUAUUAGCACCCAUAAGAUGCCCGAUUGAGAAUGAUCUGUGCUAAGUGUGCUUGUAAACUCCUCUUUGACUAUUGGUGUUGGGCUUCAUUUUCCAAGUAGGGCAUGGUUGAUAUGCAUGUAAUAUAUUUAAUUCCUUGAGAAAUUUGAUAUAUGCCAAAAGAAACUUUUAUUGCUCUCUGUA